AUGGCUGCACCUGGGGUUCAGUCUCUGAAGUGCGUCGUGACAGGUGAUGGUGCUGUCGGCAAGACAUGUCUGCUCAUUUCCUACACGACAAAUGCCUUCCCCGGCGAAUACAUCCCCACAGUCUUCGACAACUACUCUGCAAGUGUGAUGGUUGAUGGAAAGCCAAUCAGCCUGGGACUGUGGGAUACCGCUGGACAGGAAGACUACGAUAGACUGCGACCGCUCUCCUACCCUCAGACAGACGUCUUCCUCAUCUGCUUCUCCAUUGUCAGCCCGCCAUCCUUUGACAACGUCAGGGCCAAGUGGUUCCCAGAGAUCAACCACCAUGCGCCCAACAUCCCUAUCAUACUCGUUGGAACUAAGCUCGAUCUUCGGGAAGACCAGCAGACGCUUGAAAGUCUCCGACAGAAGAGGAUGGAGCCGGUAUCGUACGACGAGGCGCUCAAGUGCGCCAAGGACAUCAAGGCUCACAAGUACCUCGAGUGCUCUGCUCUCACCCAACGGAACCUGAAAAGUGUUUUCGACGAGGCCAUCCGUGCUGUCCUCAACCCCAGGCCUCAACCCACCAAGCCCAAGAAGUCGAAGUGCACCAUCCUGUAA